UACAAGCUCCUUCCAACUUUGAAAUAUCUCGACCAAAUGGAUGAGCAGGCCGAUUUUAAGACAGUAGGCUUCAUAGGCCUUGGGGCGAUGGGGAAGCCGAUGUUGAUGAACCUGGUAAAUAAACUACCAUCUGAGUCGCAAUUCUUUGUAUUCGACGUCUGUGAACCAGCGAUGGACGAAAUCUGCAAACAAUUCCCAGAUCAAGUGUUCAGACGCGCAAGCCCAAAACACGUCGCUGAGAAUGCGAGUACUAUAAUCACAAUGGUUCCAGAAGGAUCCCACGUGCGAACUGUCUAUCUCGACCCCGAGAACGGUAUAUGUAGUACUGAUGUAUCCAACAAGCUACUCAUCGACUGUUCUACAAUCGACACAGCGGCCAGCAUAGCUGUAAGCGACCACAUAUACAAGAACUUCCCAUCAGCAUCAUUCUACGAUUCUCCUGUCAGUGGUGGAGUAGUAGGCGCAACAAAAGGCACGAUCGCAUUCUUUUUAGGGUGUACAGAUGACGACCCAAAUCUGAAACGCUUGACACAGCUCGCGAGCAUGAUGGGCAAGCAGAUCAUCCCUUGUGGAGGACCUUCCCUAGGUCUCGCCGCAAAGCUAUCGAACAAUUACCUUUCGGGUGUGAUUGCGAUUGCGUGUUCCGAGGCGUACGAUAUGGGCAUGCGAUCUGGUCUGGACCCGCGGACGCUGGCCAAAGUCUACGCUGCUGGGACUGCGCAAAACGCCAUAUCUGAUCGGUUUUGUCCUGUGCCUCAUGUAUAUCCAGAGGCGUCUUCAACGGGUGGGUAUAAACAAGGUUUUAAAGUACAGUUGAUGAGGAAGGACUUUGGGUUAGCGGUUGAGAUGGCGAAGCGAGUUGAUUCUCAAAAUGUCUUGGGAGAGGCUGGGCUUGCUACCUACGAUGGAGCAAGUAAAGACCCGAAAUGUCGAGAUCUGGACUCGAGAGUGGUAUAUCGGUACCUGGGCGGCAACGAGAAUUGGUUAUCCGAGGGGAAUGACGCGUGA